AUGAGUGCACCGGUAGUUAAUGAGUCGUUCCCAUUGUGGGCAUUACUACCUAAAAGAGAAACCACUGCCCAGUCAUUCGUAGAUAAAUACCCUGAAUAUGAUGGCAGAGGCAUUAAAAUUGCAAUCAUUGACUCUGGAGUUGACCCAGGUGCUGAUGGACUGCAGGUCACAAGUGAUGGCAAACCAAAAAUCAUAGAUAUGAUGGACUCUACCGGUGCCGGUGAUGUGGACACCAGUACUGUUGUUGAGGCCGAUGGACAGGGAUUCAUCACUGGACUCACCGGAACUAAACUAAAAAUACCGGGCCAUUGGGCGAACCCUUCGGGAAGAUAUCACAUCGGAGUGAAAAAUAUGUAUGAAUUAUAUCCGGCAGGAGUGCGCACUCGGAUGGCCCGGGAGUAUAGGCAAACCCAAUGGGAACCCAUACAUAAGACAAGUAAAACUGAGACACUCCGAGAGCUCCGGGAGUUUGAGGACAAACACCCGGAGCCUUCAAACGAUAGCUCUGAUGACAAAAUAAUUCGCGAGGAUUUGAAAUCUAAAAUGGAUUUCCUCGAGGAAAUGGACACUAAAUAUAGGGAUUUGGGUCCGACUUAUGAUUGUGUGGUGUUUUAUGACGGAUCCCAUUGGAUGGCCGUUAUAGAUACGAGCGGCACCGGUAGCUUAGAAGACUGCACACUAUUAGGCAAUUAUAGGGAAUGCCUUAAUUACGGAACAAUAUCUCAACGAGUAUCUCACGGCACACACGUGGCCAGUAUAGCCGCAGCUAACUUUCCCAAUGAUCCCGAUAGGAAUGGUGUGGCACCGGGAGCUCAGAUCGUCGCCAUUUGUUUCGAUGAUAAACGAUUGGACAGACGAACCACUGGUUCCAGUCUUGUGAGAGCACUUAAUAAAGUGAUCGAAACGGGAUGUCAUGUCAUUAAUAUGAGUUAUAACGUGUCCAGACAGUACUUUGAUGGCCCAGUUUUAGACCUAAUGAGUGAAGUGGUCAACAAAUACGGCAUUUUGUACGUUACAUCUGCCGGUAACUCAGGGCCCUCCCUGUCCACCGUAGGCAUGAUAAGGACAAUACACUCGCAAUCUUUUAUAAGUGUCGGCGCAUACCUGUCCCCCGAUAUGAUGACAACCGCUUAUUCAAUGAAUAAACAAAUACCAGGGUUGAUGUAUCAAUGGACAUCCCGGGGCCCUACAUUAUUGGGUGAUUUGGGUGUAACGGUAUGCGCACCGGGAGGGGCUAUAGCAUCGGUGCCCACGAGUGAGCUAAAGAGAGCAGAUUUAUUUACCGGCACUUCAAUGAGUGCCCCAAACUGUGCCGGAUGUCUGUGUCUCUUAUUAUCGGGUCUCAAGGCUCUGAAUAUCGAGUACUCGCCGUAUAACGUGCGCCGGGCUAUUGAAAACACUGCCCUUAAAAUUAAAAACUACGAGCCCCUCACCCAUGGACACGGACUGAUUCAGGUUGAAAUGGCAUUUGAACAUUUGGUUCAAUAUAAGGUCGAAAUGGAAAGGGAAGUCCGCUUUUAUAUUACCUGUGGACAGGGAUUAGGUGUUUAUCUGCGAGAAGCCGUCGAUGUGAUGAACCCAUCCCUACAUGACAUUCAAAUUGAGCCCAUUUUUCUGAAUCACAAACAAAUCGAUAAUAAACGAAAAGUUGGUUUUGAAAUGAAUUUACGUCUGGUGUGCGAAAACGAGUGGAUUACUUGUCCGAAGUUUUUGCACAUGACUUACGAUAAAAGGGAGAUUACCUUAAAGGUUGACCCCCGACCCCUUCAAGAGGGUAUGGCUCACUUUGCACUGAUUAAGGCAUACGAUACAAACAAUACUGAAAUAGGGCCUAUUUAUAAGCCGGGUUAUAUUUGGCGCCAAUUCAUGGAUAUCCCGGCAAAUGUCACACAAAUGGUGGUACGCGUGAAGAACUGCGAGCCCAUGGAUGAGAUAAUGUGUAUUUUGCAGGCACUACAGGUGCGACCACUGAAUUCACUCCGGAUUCAGAAAAUGGAAAAAUGUUUUGCAUUAAAAGCUCAAAACGAGACCACAUUUGCCUUUCAUUUGAAAGCCUCGCGAGCACUGGAAGUGUGUUUCGGACUAGAUUUCCAUUGUUUAGCCGAUACUAGCAUUCAAUUAGAUAUCAAGUUUUACGGACUCCAGCCCUCACUCCAGUCAUUCACUAUGUUUUCAAGCGAAAUGAUCGCCAGAAUUGAUAUUCAGACUAUUUCUGACUUCGAGGAGAUUAAGCCUGGGAUUGGAGUUUACAAUUUUGUACAGCCGUUGAUGCCAAUUGAGAAUAAGGUGCGUCCACUGGACAGUCGUGAUGUUAUACCACACGCACAGCAGUUAUACGAAACAAAGGGCCAGGCUGUUAGGGUUGGAUUUACAUCUAUAUUAUAUGACCUGACAUAUGGACCGCAAUAUAUAUCAUUGGUGUGGAUGAUAUUCAACUCGGACACCAAGCAAUAUAUAGGUGCCGGUCUAGAUUGGUUUUCAGUGACAAGGGAGAUUACAUAA